UCAGCGUAGACGCGUAUGGAUGGUCUUUGUCUAGAUUUGUGAAUCCAUGCCUAUCGAUGAAUCUGGGCGUCCAGAGCAGACAUGAGUACCCCAGGACGACAUGAACCCUGGACUAUGCCGUAUAGGUGCUCAAAGCGAUACUUCCAUCCGUGCACCGAGAAGUCGGCACUUAAUAGCAAGGUUGCCCCCGACAAUUGCUACUGUUUCUGAGGGGGAAGUAUCGCCCCAGGCCCAGCCGACCCUGGAAGCUCGUGAGCCCCGUUGUCUUAGGUUCCGGCAAUGGGCGCACCGGUAUCGGCAUCUGGCGCUUGAGGGAUUUUCCUGUUCCGCAUUAACAUUGCUAUGUCUCGACGAAUGGUCGCACAAGGCGCGGCGGAUUCACCUACAAGAGUUUACGCGUACACGCAGCCUCCAUGCAUGGUAUCACAAGCACUGCCCUAUUGAGGAACAACCUUUAGGUUAGCACGGGAUGUACCCUUCGGCGGUGUUGAUUUGAUAUGCCCGCACAUACAAUAAGCCUCUCGAUGCAGAGCACACUUCCCUCUGCUCCGUCAAACAUUUGCCCAAGUUGACCGUUGACAAACGAAAAUGUUUGCGCUCGACAUUCCUGUGCCAUUCGUGACCGCUGCCGAGCAGGGAGUAGCUGUAAAGGCCCUGACCCUUGUUGGCCUGACAGCUUUGGUACACGACCAUCUCUUGACUCUCGACCAAGAGAUUGACCUCAUCUGGCGAGGUCGGCCAGGAUUCGUCUCGACGAUCUUCUUGUUGAACCGAUACAUUGUGCCGUGUAUUAUCAUCGUCGAUGUCUACGAGCUUUCCGGUGUCACGCCUAGCUCAAUGUUGUUCUGCAAGAUCUGGACGGUGAUGCAGAGCUACCUCACCCUCGCCUCUUUCAUGUUAAUUCACGUAAUCGUGGCAAUAAGGGUAUUCGCUCUUUACAACGGUCGUAGCUGGGUUCGACGAUUCUUGUGGACUAGCGGCACCAUAUACUUCUUGUCGUCAACGGCGGUCAUUACACUCGGCGUGAUAGCCGUGAUUCCCUCCCUUCAACCGGACCAUGGUGCAUGUGUUGGCAACAUGCCUUGGUACCUCUGGAUCUCAUGGCUCCCAACGAUUAUUUUCGAAACCAUACUCUUCAUCUUGACUCUUCUUGCGCUUCUCAAACAAGAAGACUCCCGCUCCUUCGGCAAGCUUACUCGCAUUCUCUUUCGUGAUGGGAUGGUCUAUUUUGUCGCCGUCACUGUCUGCACCACCUUCUGCCUUAUGGUUUGGGCUUUCGCGCCUGUUACAUUAAAUGGUCUGGCUCGAUACUUCGCGCUUGCCAUGGUCAACAUCAUCUCGUCGCGUAUGGUCCUUAAUUUGAAGGCCUACGCGGCAUCACGCAGGAGUAUCCCCAGCGAUUACCUGCUUCCCGCGAGUCCGUCUAUGCCCCGUUCACCAAUACCUCAUGCCAGACAUCCACGUCUACUCGGCUUACGGUCUACGGAGUCAUCCGUGGAUCUCGAGAUAUACGCCAUCGAGCGAGAAUAUCAGCAGUUGGGCACUCGGUUGAGGUAAAGGCGUUCUUCCGCUCUUUGUAGUACUAGUUAUACGCUGUUGUAUCCUUAGCUUAUGGAUCGCACGCUUAUGUAUUUAUUUGAUCCG